CUCUCCCGCCCAUCCCGAACUUCGAUGCCAGGCACUCUCCGCAUCAAGUUGCAGACAUUGCAUCAUAUGUUCGAGCCAGCUGAGUCAGCGUACACCGUUUUGCUUCUGCUCCAGAAGCGCAUAAAUCUCGGAAACAUUUGCCUGCCUGAUCCAGAAGCGCACAAGAUGACGGCCUCGCAAGCAUUCGAAGAAGCGAACGUUGGCUACGUUGCCCAGUACAAUCUCGGUCACCUGCCCAUCCAGCCUUCGCGCAUGGUGGUCAUCGUGACCUGCAUGGACGCCAGGUCAGCUUCAUUCUGCCAGCCACCAAACCGAUGCUCAACCGGCAACUUAGACUUGACCCUGCUCGCAUCCUCGGCCUCGCCGAAGGGGAUGCAAUCGUCAUUCGCAAUGCAGGCGGUCGUGUCGCCGAGGAAAUGCGGUCACUCAUCAUGACUCAGCAACUUCUUGGUGUUCGAGAGAUCGUUGUCAUCCAUCACACGGACUGCGGUGUCACGAAAUUCACAAACGAUGUGGUUCACAGUCGGGUCCACGAGGCAUUACACCAGGAUAUAAGUGACAUGGAUUUUAUGACCUUUAGCGAUAUCGAUGCCAGCAUCAAAGACGAUGUGUCCUUUCUUCGGAAGUCACCUCUUGUCUCUACAGGCACUCUGAUCAAUGGCUACAACUACAACGUCAGCACCGGCCAGAUCUCGCUCGUAGUCAGCAUCACCACUUGACUGAAUACUUGGUAUCAUUUCGUCGUGCACUUGCUAUCUCAAAUGAAACCCCAUGUCGCAAGCCGUAAAGCACAGGA